AUGAAUUUGCGCAGGGCAAGAUUGUUCUCGGUGAAUUACCACCCCGGUCUUUGGACGACCAAACCGUUCUUCACCUUGAAUCAACAUCACGACUGGCUUGAGCAGGUGCAUCAGCCAGCAGGUGUUAUCCUACAGCCGGGUCUGGAGCAAGCAUUACGUGAACAGGUCCUGUCGUCUGCGUACGCCGAGUUGCGGCUUCAAUGCACAUUGACAUCAAUUCUUGAGGUUGCGGAUGGCGUUGUUGUAUCGUACACUCGGGGCGAUGGGACCGAGGCCAAGUUGAAAGGCGCUUACUUGGUGGGCGCUGAUGGCAAGCGUGGCUUUGUGCGUAAAGAAUACCUCGAGGCCAAGGGUAUAGAGCAGAUACCAGGAUUGAUGCACUAUGAUGCGGAGUGGAUAGCGGCGAACCUGCACAUUAUGCUACCGACUCCGACAUCCCAUCCGGACUUCCCGUUAUGGAGUCUUGGAUACAAGCCUGAAGAGUUGUGGGACUUGUUUUGGCCGGAAGGUUUCCAUUUCUGCAACCACCCGACAAUGCCUGUUGCGACCGGCAGAUUCGGCCCUGCCAAUGACAAGUACUGGAGAUUCGAGUAUGAGCUACCUGCAGGUUUCAAACCUGAUGAUUUCGAACAGCAUCUGGAAGAGCAGAUGCGUCCACAUUUGACUCUUCAGAGGGAGCGCCUCAGGUGA